GUGUGCCUUAUAGCUUGGAUGUGAGAACAAAACAAGCUAGCUGGAAAUUCUCCUUUCAUCAGCGCCUUUUUUCUCUUGUUCAAUUUUUGUGUUUUCAGAGAGCUAGCUAGAGAGAAAAAAGAAGCCAUGGCGCCGGUGAUUUCAACUGACAAUCCAGUGGCUUUUGCUUUUGGACUUCUAGGAAAUGCGGUCUCCUUUGCUGUUUUUCUAGCUCCACUGCCAACGUUUUAUAGGGUGUUCAAGAAGAAAUCAACCGAAGGGUUUCAGUCAGUCCCAUAUGUGGUUGGACUGUUCAGCGCUAUGAGUUGGAUAUACUAUGCAACAUUGAAGUCUAAUGUUUUCCUUCUCAUGACUAUAAAUGCAUUCGGUUGCUUCAUAGAGACUGUUUACAUUGCUAUCUUCCUUGCUUAUGCAGCCAAACAAGCUAGGAUGUUAACUCUGAGGCUACUCAUUUUGUUGAAUUUUGGGGGAUUUUGCGUGAUUCUGCUUCUCUCCCACUUCUUAAAAGGACAAACCCGGCUUCAUGUUCUUGGUUGGGUUUGUGUUUCAUUCUCAGUAUGUGUCUUUGCUGCACCUUUAAGCAUUGUGAGACUGGUUAUACGCACCAAGAGUGUGGAGUUUAUGCCAUUUUACCUGUCGUUUUUUCUCACAAUAAAUGCUAUCAGCUGGUUCGGUUAUGGGGUAUCACUAAAGGACAUAUUUAUUGCGAUGCCAAAUGUACUGGGCUUUAUCUUUGGGUUUCUUCAGAUGGUACUGUAUGCAAUGUACAGAAACUACAAGCCGGCUGUGAAAGAUGUUGAGCAAGCUGAACAAUCUAUCGAUAUCGAGAAACAGAGCGUGAGUAUGGCUUCGCAGGAGCAAUCAGAAUUCAUUGAGACCAUCCAUGGUGAAAACACUGAGAACAAGGGAGUGUCUGCAGACAAUAAUCAAACUGAUAAUCAAGAGAGAAACAUGGAAAACUCCAACCAAGACCCGCUCAGUAAAUGCUAAGUCUGUGUGAUGGAUUUGUACCACUUUCCUUUUAUUGUAUGAGUAAUUUAAAAUUAUGUAUCUUCCAGUGCAUCUCUUCCUCUGUCUGUUGAUGUACAAAGUUAUUUUAAAGGAGAUGACUUUUCCCUGA